GCCUUUUAUUUAUCAAGACCAUCAAGACCAUCAAGACCACACAGACCCUGCCUGGUAGAAGAACUUAUCCAGUUUUGGUAAAACGCAAAGGACGGUCUUUCAACCAUUGAACCGGUGUUCUGCCCAAGCAUUGGCGGAGCAACUGAAACUGGAAGUAAAUCGCACAGACAGUCCUAUCAUUUCUGGCUCAGCUCCUUUCCUCUGAUCGAAAUAGCGACGUUAGGUAUUUGAGGGUGCGGAAGGCGACUAGUGUUAGCGUGCUGAGGCAAGGAUGUCGUACAGGAGGGUGGUCAAGCUGGUAUGUGGGAUCGCCGGUGGCGCAGCGGUGCUCGUUUCAGCAGCGACGGCGGCUGAAUCGUUAGGCUAUUUGGGGGACAAGUCGCUUAGCGAGCGAUUGAAAAUCUGGACUGGAUUCGCCGUCCUUCAGGCAGCACAACCACCGACGUGGGCAUUGGGGAACCACACUGUGGCAUCAAGUGGUAAUGGUUGGGACACCAACUGGGAUAAACGUGACCCGAGCUCGUUCGUAAAUGUGAAGAAGAAGGACACUGCCACCGACGACCCGAACUCGGAGACCGAGUCGAACAAGCCCAAAGCCACCCGGAACAUCUUCCUCAUCAGGCACUCCCAGUACAACCUUAACGGCAAUGGAGAUAAGGAGAAGACUCUAACCCUGUUAGGAAGGGAGCAGGCAGAGCUUACAGGCCAGCGAUUGGCUGAUCUGGGACUGAAGUACAAUGUCUUGGUCCACUCCACCAUGACGCGCGCCACAGAAACCGCCAACAUCAUCAGCAAGCACCUGCCAGGGGUGGAGCUGGUGAGCUGUGACCUGCUGAGGGAGGGGGCCCCCAUCGAACCCGUGCCGGCAGUCAGCCACUGGAAACCGGAGGCCGCGCAGUAUCACGAAGACGGCGCGAGGAUCGAGGCGGCCUUCCGCCAUUAUGUCCACCGAGCCGACGCCAAGCAGAAGGAGGACAGCUACGAGAUCAUCGUCUGCCACGCCAACGUCAUCCGCUACUUCGUCUGCAGGGCGCUGCAGUUUCCCCCGGAGGGUUGGCUCCGUAUGGGGCUGAAUAACGGCAGUAUUACCUGGAUCACUGUCCGUCCCAGCGGCAGGGUGGGCCUGAGGACCCUGGGAGAUUCGGGGUUCAUGCCCCCGGACAAGUUGACACGCACCUGACCCCCCCCCUUGAACUGGCGUAGCAUCUUCUGCACGUCUCCUUAAGUGUCUUGAGCAUUUUUUUUGUAUUUUGUUUAUUUUUUUCUUUUGGUAUUUUUGUAGUCUGCAGUAGAAUAAUGACAUUGUGAUUACUCCUCAGCUGUGUAGCUGGUCAACUAUACAGAAAGGUUUCAACGUGAAGGCAACGUUUUAGUUUUGACAGUUUUUUUUGUAAAAACGUGAAACGGUUGCAUUCCCAGUGGUUGGUUCGGUGGCAGCAAUGACAACAGCUUGCAGAGAGGCCUGUUUUUUUAUGAAUGUCAGGUUUGUGAGUAUUUUUCACAGUAAAAGCAACAAAUGGAAGUUUUUAAGCCAAAAGAGAAGUAUUUUGCUUAAUCUAAGAAUGGGUAGCGGGUUUAAAUGCUUUUUUGUGCCAUAUCCUUUUCUAUGUGAUUGUAAAUGAAACAUUUGCAUUUGUCCUCAGCUUUGACUUAUAACACAAACAAGAGUUUUUCUUCACAAACUGUGUUGGUGAUUUCUGGACUCCCCAAACUGUUCAGUAAAAUAAUCCUUGCUUUCAUCGGUCAAGGUUGAGGACAAAUGUUGACUGAACCCCAGCCUGUCUCUGCAUAAAUUAAUGUACAAAACAAUGCUGAAGAAAUGUACAGUGUUUUUGUGUGUUUUCAAAACAGACCAUGAGCACAAUAAACAGCCACUUGCAUUUUC